AUGUCUUCGGAUUCCUUCUUAAAUUCUUUGACUUUCAAAUAUGUCAGUGAAUCGGAUGUUGAACGAGCAUUUGAACUUGAAUCUCAAGGAUAUCCUCCCGAGGAAGCAGCAACUUUAGAAAAACUCAUCUAUCGUCAGAAACACGCGCCCGAAUUAUUCCUCGGUGCUUACCUCUCCACUUCCUCCACCCUUCCCCAUACUUCAUCCUCUCUCCAAUCUUCACAACUUAUUCUAAUUGGCUUCAUAGUUUCCACACUAACCAUUUCUCCCUCGCUGACCGAAGAAUCAAUGUCUCAUCAUGACCCAUCGGGUAAAACCGUUUGCAUUCAUUCAGUAUGUGUUGACAAGCAUUAUAGGCGACGUGGUGUGGCACUUGCAUUGUUAAAAGAGUAUAUUAAACGAUUGGGGAAAGAUUUCCGGGAAUUAGACCGCGAGAAUGAAGGGAAGAGGAAGUACGAAAGGAUCGUGUUGAUUAGUCACGAUUAUUUGAUUCCAUUAUACCAGAAAGCCGGAUUCGUGUUUAAAGGUGAAAGUCAAAUUGUUCAUGGAAAUGAGAAGUGGUUUGAUCUUGUUUUGGAUUUGAACUAA